UUGUGCGCAAUGACCACGCCCCCUGCGCGCGAUCCUCACGUCGGACUGUCAGCUGUGUAGUCACCAUAAAGCCGAAGCACACUUCAAAAUGACCGAGCCUAAAAGUGACCAGGGGCUGACGGACGAAGCAGUCGCCGCUGCAUGUAAAGAAGGAAACCCCAUCACUAAAGACUUCAUGAUGCAGCAGACAAUGCUGCGGGUUAAGGAUCCAGUUAAAUCCCUGGAUUUUUACACACGCAUCCUGGGAAUGACGCUGUUACAGAAGUUUGAUUUUCCCUCUAUGCGAUUCACCCUCUACUUUGUGGGUUAUGAGGAUAAGAAAGAAAUCCCUGCAGAUGUGAAGGAGAGGACAGCCUGGACGUUCUCCCGCCGAGCCACUAUAGAGCUCACCCAUAACUGGGGCUCAGAGACAGAUGACAGCCUGUCUUACCAUAACGGCAACUCAGACCCAAGAGGCUUUGGACAUAUUGGAAUUGCUGUGCCGGAUGUCUAUGCUGCCUGCAAGCUGUUUGAAGAGAAUGGAGUGACCUUCGUAAAAAAGCCUGAUGAUGGUAAAAUGAAGGGCCUGGCCUUUAUUCAGGAUCCCGACGGUUACUGGAUUGAGAUUCUCAGCCCCAACAACAUGGUGUCCAUCACUUCUUAAAGACUGUUGUUAUGCUGUGACUUGAUCAGAAGACCCUAAUUAUGAAACUCAAAGACAGUUGGGGAUCACAAAGGAUGAUUGCUCUGUGCACAGUGAAGACGGGCAAUCUUUAUGUAUGUCAGUGGCAGUGUGUUAAACACCUGGUGGGCUGAAUGUAACGAUAUAAUGCAACAAUAUAAUUUGACACCUUUUGAAAUGAUGCGGUCCUCCAUAGAGUCUAAGCUUAAAAUUCUACUUUAUUAAAAUAAAAUAGUUUUUGAAUUGUUGCAAUCCUAGCACUAAAAUCCUACCUUAAUUUGUUAAAAUAAAGCAAAGAAAGUA